AGUGAAGAAAUUGAAACGGAAAGCACUGCAAAACGACAGCGUUUGAACUCUUGCGGGAACCUUUGAAACUUCGCUCUCUCUGUAACCUAACUCAGUUCAAUUCAAUUCCGAUAAACCUUCAAGCCAUCACAAUCAAACAAAUCCCAAAAACCUUCAGCUAAAUUCUCCAAUGGACGUAAAAGCUUUAGCAAAAUCAAAGCGAGAUCACACACGACAACACAACAAAAAGUAUCACGGAAAUCAAAAGCUCAAAGUUCAAUCACAGUCUUCGUUUUCUUCUUCCGUCCCAAACCAAGACGAUGCAAAAGAGCCAUUUGCAAAGCAACAAGCAAUUGAGAAGAAAACCAAUCGCUCUCGUUCUCAGGCGCUUCCCGGAAAUUGGGACCGGUAUGAAGAAGAGGAUUCGGAUUCUGUUCCUGAAAGUUCAAGCAAAACCCUAGAUGUUGUUGUUCCCAAAAGUAAGGGCGCUGAUUUUCGACAUCUUGUUGCUGAGGCUCAAUCUCAUGCUGAUAGAACUCUGGACGACUUCAAUGAAGUUCUUCCUUGGGAGUUUGGUGUGGGAUUAAGCUCUAUACUUUCAGCUAGAGGAGAGGGCAUUGUAUCGUGGGAUGGAGAUGAUAAUUUUGUUGUACAGGACAAGACUAUUGCAAAUCAGGAGGCAUCGUUGAUUUCCUUGAAUUUGCAUGCUAUUGCUCAAAAGCUUGCAAAAGUUGACUUAUCUAAGAGAUUAUUUAUUGAGCCUGACCUGUUGCCCUCUGAGUUGCGUGUGGAAGAUUUGGCCGUAGGCAGCGAAGAACUUGAACCUGACGAACAAGAAACUGCAGUGGACCAUGAACUAUCUAAGAGGAUGUCUAAAGAAUUAAAUAGAGAUGAUUCUGCAGCAGAUCAGUUUACGUCAUCUAGUUCAUGUAGUAGCAGCCAUAUCGCUUCUAUAUCUGCUUUGUCCGAUGACAUUCUCGUUCCUGUGAACAACGUAGGGAAACACACCACAUUUGAGGCAGCUGCUGAAUUAGAACUGGAUAUGCUUCUAGAUACGCUUGAUGAGUCCAAGUCCAAUGCUUCAUUUACUGCUCCGGUCGGAGUCUCUUCUAAAGAACACCCUCAGAUUUCAAUUAAAGAACCAGUUUCAACCAGAAUUGCAUCUAUUACUGCUAGUCUAGAUGAUGCACUUGACGACUUGCUAGAGGAAACAUCCACUUUGAUGAAGCCAAAUGUUUUAUCAUGGCCACGAGAAGAAAAGCCUAUCAACCCCAGCAUGCUCUCUUCACAAUCCCAAAACAAGUCAAAAGUUGCAGCGGAUGAUUUUGAUUCAUGGUUUGAUACGCUUUGAUUAGUCAAGUGCCAUAAUUCUUGCUGAUGUAUAAUAUGUGAUGUGUUCAUUGCUGGUUUUGAGAGUGGCCCUGUGAAUGAAAAAUGGCAUUCUUUUUUACCUUCUACUCUGAAAUCUGAUCCAAUUUGGUCGAGGAUUAAAACAAAGAGUGCAAACCACAUUGUACAGAAUUUAGUGCAUGAAACACUCUUCAACUCUUUCGUUCAAAGUUAUUGAUUCAUGGUUCAAUCUAGUCAACAAUAUCUUUAUGCAAAGGAAAGAUUCACCGACACUACAGCCGACCAUCGACUUUAAAACCCAGGUUAGGCAUAUAAUUGUUACUUAGCCAGAAAUGAGGAAGAUAUUUAAAGUUCAAUCUUACCAAUGGCUAUAGUCAUUUUAGGAUAUAGUUUCAAAUUUUGGUUUGUUUAGACAUGAAAAUAUUCUUUUACUUUUGCUUAAAUCAUGGUUUAACAUUAAAAUUUCCGUUUAAUGUGUUUUUAUCAAAUAUAUUAUUUGUGGUAGAAAUCCAAUUUAUACAGUUUAUACUAUGAUUUGGGAGAUGGAAAUCACAAUUUAAACAUGGCAUAGUUAAUGCUAUGUUGCUGUCUUAGUAAUUGAUUCCUUUAUUUUUUUUAUAGGUAUCAAAUAUAGUUUGAUAGUCAAAUAAGUUUACAAAUUAGAACAUCUAUAUUCUGGCCGCCCUUAGUAUUUUUAACCCUCUUGACUUUCAAGCCUUUGAUUCUUUGGGGCAAAAAAUCAUCAUAUUUAGAUUAAAAUUAUAUGCGGUUCAAUUUGGACGUUUUCUUUGAAAAACUAUGAUCCAAUUAAAUGCAGUUUGAAUUCCAUCAAUUUAUUGAUUUUUUUUAUUGCAUAAUUAUAUUUUUAUAUUAUGUGAAAUAAUAUAUAAUACACAAAAGUAAAAAAAGUCCAAGAAUAACUUGGGGCAAAUAGUCUUCUAUUUGUGUGAUAGGCACAUGGGGAAAAACUAUGAUCCAAUUAAUGCAGUUUGAAGUUUUCAAUAUGUGCAGUGAAAGCAGUUUAAAUGACGGAAAAAAUUGACAUUUUCUUUUAAAGUGAAGUUGUGAGAACAAGUGAAAUUAGAUUUACCAGGUUGUAACUCUUUUAUUUUGAAAAUUCGAUAUUUAAGAGACCAAUAACAGAAAAAUUGUUAAAAUUUAUGAGAUCUCAGUAAAGUAUUUCCGAGUCAAUUUCAAUGAAAAAGUAAAUGGGAUUAGGAGUGUUUUUAAAGAUGCAUUUUUGAAUUCAUCUUAGUAAAUGGGAUAGGGAUGUUUUUAAAGAUGCAUUUCUGAAUUCAUCUUAUCAAAUUUUGGAGAUGGAUCUUUAAAUUAAUUUUUGACAAAAAUGGAGAAAGGUGCAUCCGAAAAAUGUAUUUUUUUAAGACAAUUUUAGAUUUAAAAAAAAUGUGAGCCACACUAUAAGUAUAAAGUAUAAGAAAUGACCCUUAAAGUAUAAGAAUAAAGUAUAACUCAAGUCUCAAACCUGGCAAUUUCUAUAUUUAGAUACAAAUUAAUAUUUUGGGCCAAUUUAUUAUAGCUUUUUUGUGUGAAAAAAUUAUGACAAAAAUACAAAUGAUUUAUUUUGUUUGUGGCACCAUUUUUUAAAAUGGUUAUUUAAAGAUUAUUUUAAAUAAGAAGAUUGUUGUCGGUGAUUAGGGGUGAGAAUAGACUGGGUCGAGCUAGACUUUGCUAAGCUUGAGUCUGGUCUGCUAAAAAAUUUAAAGCUUAAACCUGACCUGUAACCUAUCAUAUGCUUAUUUUUUUUAUCUGAGUCUAAUCUUUUUGAAAGCCUGAUUGACCUAUUAGAUAUUUAAAAUAAAAUAUAACUUUGUAAAUAAUUUCCUAAACUGCAAAAGUCAAGUUGGCUUAGAUCAGCAAAUAAUUCCACUUCAUGUUUCCUACGUGAGCAGUGACAUCUUAGACAACAUGGCACUAAUUGCAACACAUCAGCAUGAAUAACUCUUUCAAGUAAUUGAAGCCGACAAAUAGUUUUUUUUAAUGUUUAUUUACGGGUAUUUAAAAUUCGAGCGAAACUCUGUACUGAUUAAUCCAACCCAAAAAUUGCUUGUGUCUGAUUUUAAGAGAAAUACACUCUUAAUCUUAAACCUUCACCAACUUGUAUAUAUA